AUGUCAUCAAUAUUAGUUUUGGGUGCAACUGGUACCAUUGGAUUCCAAAUUUGUUUGGCUUUCUUAAAUAAAGGAUUCAAAGUAUACGGUCUGGUUAGGAAUCAAAAUAAAGCUGAUAUUUUAUUAAAAAACGAAAAGCUUCAUUUAUUAACUUUCUAUUCAAAAGUAAUUCCUGUUGUUGGUUGUGCAUCAGAUACAAAGAGAUGGGGUAAAGUUGCAGAGACGGUAGAUGUUGUAAUAGAAGCUGUUAGUGACAACGACAAUCCAGAAACUGUAAACAUCAUAUUUGAAAAACUAAAAUUAAUUUCAAAGAACAAACCAAACUUGGUGAUUAUUUAUACGAGUGGAGCAUGGAUAUAUCCAAGUAGUUGUGAUUUGGUCGAUGAAAACACUCCUUAUAAACCGUUACAUCCCGCUCUCAAUUCAAAGAUUGAAGCAGAAGCUAAAUACUUGUCGAUCGGUGGAAUAUCUAUACAACCUACUUUUGUAUAUGGUCGUGCUGGCUCGGAAACUGGAUUAUACUUUAAGUGGGCAACCGAAUCAAAAGAUGGAGUUGUCAAAGUCUAUGGAAAGAAUGACCAAUAUCUAUCAUUUGUCCAUGCAGUCGAUUUAGCGCAACUCUAUCUCUUGGCUGCUUUGAAUGCACCGGUUGCAAGAGGUCAUACAUUCAUUGGAUGUUCUGGCUAUUUCAAGACUGAAGAGAUAAUAAGAACCAUUGCUAAAUCUGCCAAUGUUCAUAUUGAAUCCGUUGAAUUUGUAGAACCACCAAAAGAUGAUGUCUACCUAAACCUAUUAACCAUAUCUAUAGCUGCCACAUCUAGAAAAGCUAAUAAUCUAUUGGGAUGGAAACCUACUCAACCAUCAUUGAUAGAUGAUCCAAACAGAUAUUUACAUGCUUGGAGAUUAGGUCGAAAUAACUCAACCAAUAAUUAA